UUAUAAUAAUAAUAACAUUAAUGAUAAUAAUUGAAUUUAACUGAAUAAAAUAAAAAAAUAAUAAUCAAAAUCAAAUAUUUACAUUUAAAAAAAAAAACAAAUAUUCUAAUUUUUAUUACCAUCAAUAAUAAUAAUAAUAAUUUUAAAGUGUCUUGUAAAGAAAUGUUUGAAUAUUGACUACAUCUUGAUCUACUUUCAUUGAACUAUAUAUUUAUAUAUAUAGUAGUCUAUAGUCUAGAUGAUCAACAAUUAUAAUAAUAAUAAUAAUAAUAAUACUAAAUAAUUACAUUAUUGACUUGAUAGUGAGAAGUGUAAGCGGAUUCAUUUAUUCGCUCAAGAGCUACUGGAGGGAUUGAAUAGGGGAUUGUAAAAAAUUCUAAGCAGAUCAAUGAUAGAUACAGUAAAAAAAAAUGAGGAAAAUCAAGACAUGGGAUAGGUGAUUUAUAAAUAAUUAUCGUCGUACAUUGAAGACUGAUGAACAAAAAUGGAUUGGCUACCAACCCUUCGGUAGCCUAAGAACCCGGAAUCAUAAUAAUCGAAGAAAAAAAAAAUACCACCCGGUUAUUGAGAGUGAAAAUAAAAAAGACUGAUGGCAGCAUAUCCGGUCUUAGAAACUCUAGUCGAAGAUGUUAAAACUUAACGAAAAAUUUGAAUAAUAAAUAAGAACAACUGAUUACUAAAAUUAUUAUUGAAGAUCAUAAUGGGUUGCGGUCAAAGUAAAAUUGGAAAUAUUUAUUCGAAGAAUAAAAAAAAUAAAAAUAAUGCCUCGAAAAAAACCAACGAUACACGCUCCGCGACAAUUGAUCAGAAGAACGGUAGUACUAAGAGUAAUAAGACUAAUAACAAUGACGGAGAAGUUAAUAGGAACGGCGAGAAUGGGGCAGAUGGGAAAAAUGGUAAAAAAAAAUCCGGACCUGGUGGACCACUUUUGCAACAAGCUGAGGUGUCAUCGAGUCAGUUGGAUUUUUUCCGGAUGCUUGAUGAAAAAAUUGAAAAUGGCCCAGAUUACGACGAAAGUCUCGAUGGGACAAUAAAAGCUGAGCGGAUAUCAGACCUCCUUCGUCGAUGGGAGACGGCUAGUAUUACGUGGUCAAGUGUAACAGACCUGACGUCAGCAGGCGAGACAAUUGCCUUGACAAGUGCACCCGUACUAGGAAUUGGCAGUGAGACACGUUACGCGGCAAUUCAAUCAGCAAAAGAUCGUGAGGGAAUGCGUAACAUAAUUGGCGGACGUCCCGAAUGUGCACCAGUAUUUAAUUCAAAUCGUCUUGACGGAUUGGAAGACGUCAAUUGUCCGUCUCCAAAUAUGCCGCGACAUGUUCUAGAGUCGAUAAGUCAGAGUCCAACUCAGUCGUCAAAGAUGAUCUCUUCUGGGCAGUCGCCUCUUCUUUACCGGUCGGAUUCGAUACCGGCUGAGUCACCAAAAAUUGUUGUUGCGCCAUCUCACGAUCGGCGGUUUAAUCAAAACGGAGAAGUUGCAUUGUAUCGCGAACAAUAUUUACAACAAACGGGUAUUAUUACUGUACAACCUCAAUUGUAUCAAAAUAAUAAUAUUUUACGUAAUAAUCAGAUAAAUAUGACUCCAACGCGCAAGCGCGUUAUAAAUGCUGCCCAAGUUACGUGACCUAAUUUAUUUGUCUAUGACCAUUUUGAGAUUAAUAGACUGAAUUUAAAAUCAUUAAACACAUUUUUUUUAUUCACACUGCGUUUGAGACGUUGGUUUAAAAUAAAUUAUCAGAGCGGCGGAGAUUUAAUUUUGUUAUAGGGCCCAUUAUAAUUUUUUAAGAUUAUUUUAGCGUUGAUAUUUUUGAUCAGCGUUAGAUUCUGCGUUAAAUGAGUACCCACAACCCUAGGGUUUGAAAAAGUUUAUCUUCAUUGUUUCAUAUUUAAUAUAUACCUCAUGUUUGUAUCAAAUAUUAUUUUGGUUUGAGUAUAGGGUUGUGGGUACUCAUUCCAGAGGGAAUUACAUGCUAGGAAGGGUGGAGGUAUUUUUUUGUGAAAAUUAUAUUAUUUUCAAAAUUUGAAAAUUUAUUUAUUUUUUAAAUUUUAAAUUUGAGUUUUGUAAGGAUUUAUUUUGGUAGUUCAUAAGAUUCUACGUACAAUGAAUA